ACAUAGUACCCAUAUGCUUAGGCUACUGUAAUCAUAUUGUUCCGUCAUUCACGUCGCAUGCCAAAGUCUUCCUUUUAUAAUCUUUUCAAUUUACAUCAGGGGGAGUUAAGAGUUUAGACACCACGUGGUGUUAUAAUAAAGGGAUUGGAAUUUCUCUCAGAGCAAGAGUGCUAUUACGGACAUACUCGGGACAUUGUUAUGUUAAGAGAAACAUAGGCUUUGUGUAUGGUUUCCUAUUUCAUGUUAUUUAUCACUUGUUUUAUAUCAUUAUUUAAUAAUGAUAGCAAUUUAACAAGAUAUUAUAUAAAUAUAUUUAUAUAUAUACUGGUUUUCUAUUCGUUUUUUAAUAGUUAGUUAGACUAAGAUAUGUUUCACCCUGAAUUUUGACGUUAGUUUAACAUUUAAAACGUUUUAAUUAAGUUGUUGCGUGUUAGCCUACGCUGCAUGCAAAUUUUGAAUAAUACAUACUUGUUUAAGUUGCAGUUUCUGCGAAGACUAAUCUAACAGUGCGCACAGGUACCAAGGGCAGGUAACAGAAAAAGUGUCUCAAUAUGGGCGACAACCCUGACUUUGAUGAUGAAGAAAUUAAAGAAGAGAACAUUUGUCUGGAUCUGGGAAAAACGAACCCUUCCAAAUCCGUGGAGUUGGAGGAACAAAUCGAAUGCACGAGCAUCCCGAAAGUGAACAAGGACAAUACAACUACUACGCAUUUAUACAAAAGGAGAUGGGUGAUGGUGUUACUUUUCAGCUCUUAUUCCCUGUGCAACGCAUUUCAAUGGAUCCAAUACGGAAUAAUUAACAAUAUUUUUAUGAAAUUCUACAAUGUGGACUCUUUUGCCAUCGACUGGAUGUCAAUGAUCUAUAUGUUGACAUAUAUUCCCUUUAUAUGGCCUGUCUCCUGGCUUUUAGACAAAAAAGGACUACGGCUCAUAGCACUGAUGGCCACCGCCAUUAAUUGCCUUGGGACAUGGAUCAAGGUGGCCAGCGUCAAGCAAAACCUAUUUUGGGUGACCAUGCUUGGACAAUUCGCAGGCUCCCUAUCACAGGUAUUCAUCCUCGGGAUGCCUUCCCGCCUAGCAUCGGUUUGGUUUGGCUCUGAAGAGGUGUCCACCGCCUGUUCCAUCGGCGUAUUUGGGAAUCAGAUGGGCAUUGCCAUUGGCUUUCUGGUGCCGCCCAUCCUCGUGCCAAAUGUUGAUGAUAUGGACGAUCUGGCAUACCACAUCAGCAUCAUGUUCUACAUCACUGCUGGAAUGGCCACCGUGAUCUUCAUCCUGGUAGUCUUCAUGUUCCAAGAGAAGCCGGAAAUCCCUCCCACCCUGGCUCAGGUCCAGGCCAGGAGCACCCCUCCAGAAGAGUACUCCUACAUGGCCUCUAUCCUGAGACUGCUGCGUAACUUACCCUUCAUGCUCCUUGUUAUCAGCUAUGGGCUGAAUGUCGGUUGUUUCUAUGCUGUUUCCACACUGCUGAACCGGAUGAUUAUUGAGCAUUAUCCAGGUGAAGAGGUGAAUGCUGGGAGAAUUGGCCUCACCAUUGUCAUUGCCGGGAUGGUGGGGUCCCUCAUAUGUGGGAUCUGGUUGGACAAGACCAAAACCUACAAACAGACUACCCUGGCUGUGUAUCUCAUGUCCUUCGUGGGAAUGGUGGUCUAUGCCUUCACUCUGAACUUAGGCCACCUAUGGGUGGUGUUUGUGACAUCAGGGGCUCUAGGGUUCUUCAUGACUGGGUACCUGCCACUUGGCUUUGAGUUUGCUGUGGAGCUGACCUUCCCAGAGGGCGAGGGCACCUCCUCAGGCCUGCUCAACUGUUCAGCUCAGAUAUUUGGGAUCAUAUUCACCAUCGGUCAAGGGAAGAUCAUAGACCACUUUGGCACAUUCGCUGGGAACAUCUUUUUAUGUGUCUCCCUCCUCAUAGGGACCAUUAUGACAGCAUUCAUCAAGUCUGACCUCCGACGGCAAAAGGCCAACCAUCUGGCUGAGAAUCAGGUGGCGAGUAAACAAGCAGGUCACCCUCAGGAAGGCCUCUCACAGCCAGCUACACUGAAGGACAUCAAAGUAUAAGGAGGAAAUCCAGUUGAACGGGUAUGAAAAGAAAGAAAUCCCAUCAUACACUUGGAAUCACACAGGUUCUCCCUCUACAGCAAAUUACUCGUCAGAAGAUAACUGGUUUGAUUAUCAAGCACAACCAAGGGUAUUUCCAUUUUUUUGUGCUGAUAAUUCAUAUUUAACUGUCACUUUUUGAGAGUACACUAUGAAUUGUUAAUAUUUUCAUUUUGGUUUCUCUAGCUUUAAAUGUCUCCAAUCUAAAUAUUAUAAAUGUUGAUGUCUGUGCAUUUUGAUAUGAGCAAUAUUCAAACUGUGCUAUUUGUUUCCUGUUAUUUGACCAAUACCAUACUGGAACAGAAAGUAUUAAUGUAACUGUUCUAUUUUUGGAAUUUGUUAACGUUAGUUAAAAUUAGACUACAGAUUCAGUGGUUUCAGUUGAAUGGCAGUCUGUUCAGAGGGCCAAGCCGAUCCAGUCAAGCCAACUCACCUAGUGGCUUAACAGGAUUUUGAGAUUGCUAUCUGCCAUAUAGGAUUACAAGGAGAUAAUUGUGAGUAAAUCAAAUUGUAUUUGUCACAUGUGCCGAAUACAACAGGUAGACCAGGUAGACCUUUACAGUGAAAUGCUUACUUACAAGACCUUAACCAACAAUGCAGUUUUAAGAAAAAUACAUGUUAAGUAAAAAAUAGAUAAGUAUAAAAUAAUAAAUAAAAGUAACAAAUACUGCUGAUAAUGGUGAA